AUGAGCGUCGAGGACGGAACGAAGCUCUCCGUGGGAAUAGGGGUCACGGCGGUCAGCGUUAUCUGUGUCGCCCAGGAGGCCGGCGAAGUGUCUGCCGACUUGGUCAUGGGACUCCGGCUUGAGUCCGUUGAGGAUGUUGGGAUGACCUGCAGAGUGCUCGAAGUGUCAUGGCUCGACGUGGCUGAGGCGUCCCAGGAUGUGGCAGCAGUCACCGUGCUAGACCCGUCCUCGCAUGGCUCAGUUGGGGUCGUCGUCGUUUCCAUCGACGAGUGGGUAGCAACUCCGUUCCCAAGAGAGCUCGAUGUCAUGGAAAUGGUUUGGCUGGUCGUGCUGUUGGAGCCUCUGCUUGUGAAUGUGACCCCUGAAGAGAAUGCAGAUGAAACAGCGGUCUUGCUCACGUCGGAGACGGAUAUAUUGCUCACGGCGCUGGUGGAGAAUGCUGAUGUGCUGCUGGAACCAGUCUCAUGCUCAUCAUCGCAAGGUGUCGUGCUCUGCGUAACGCCUGACGACGUCUUGGCGGACCACAUCGCGGUCGAAUUCAGGAGCGUGCUGGAACCUGCUGCUGUUGAUUUGAGCUGA